AUGCAAGGCGAUGGGGGCCGAUUAAUAAUACUUGCUGAUGGUAGCCUGGGGCUGGAACCUCAACGAGGCUCUGCCUUCGAGACUUCUAUCGAUAAACAUCAUUUUUAUUCACAAGCUCAUUGUGUGCGUUGCAGCUGGUUGACGAGUAUGGCGUCGUUUGGGUUCGGUAUUGGCGAUGUUAUCCUCGCUUGCCAGGGGGUUAUCUUCGUUUAUCAGCGCUGUAAGAAUGCGCCAAAGGAGAUCGACGAUGUCGCCGAGGAUGUGAAAAGAAUGGAGGCCACACUUGGACUCUUAGGAAGCGUCAUUCGAGACGAGAAAUCCUUUAUCGAAGAUCAUACCGAAGAUAUGUGA